AUGAUCAGGUGGAUUAUACGUCCCUAUCAACGGCGAUUUCGUUCUCGACGAUCUAUUAUCUUUCCAAUAGUGAUAUUUAUGUUAACAACUAUUCUUCUCUAUACACGUGUUGAAUAUUAUACAUUGACAACAAAUUAUAUAAAUUCAUCAUCAUUAUCUUCAAAAAUAACAUAUGAUACACAAUCUACUUCUAUCAAUUUCAUCUGUGAAUUAAAAAAUGAUACAAUACGUGCAAUUAAUCAAGCACCUAGCGAUUAUUGCAAAGAAAAGAUAAAAAAUAUUUCUUGCCAAAUUGAUUCUACACCAAAUUUUUUUCCAACAUCAUUACCACGUUUUUGUCCCAUUCGAAAAGGUAAUUUUGGUGAUAUAAUUGGUUGUAUUUCAAAUGAUGAUAAUUCAACAUAUGGCACAAACAAAUUACAAGUGUUUAAUACUGAUAUUAUGUGUAUAGAUCACUGUUUGAAACUUAGUGUUUCAUUUGCUGAGUAUAAUGAAUUUACCAAUCAAUGUUCUUGUUUAUCAACAUUUGAUAAUCAACGUCGUUUAAUAACAUCUGAUCGUAAAUGUAGUGAUAUUAGUAUUGCAAAUAAUAAUUCAAGAAAAAGUCUUGUUACACUUUAUCGAACUGGUUAUAUUGAUUUUGGAAAUCAUCUUGAAAAACGUCGUCAUAUACAAAAUAGUAAUGAAACAAUUAUUAUCUUUUUUCUCACAGUUGGUGGACGGAGAAAUCUUCGACAAAUCAAACGUUUAAUACGUACUAUUUAUUUACAACAGCACUAUUAUUUAAUACAUGUUGAUAGCCGUGAAAAAUAUUUACAUCAAGAAUUAAUUAAACUUUCAGAAAAUAUUUCAAAUAUUCAUGUAACUAAUAGACGUUAUCCAACUACAUGGGGUGCAUCAACAUUAUUAACAGCUCAUUUAGAAGCAUUUAAACAAAUAUUUGAUGAAUUAAAAUGGAAUUUUACUUUUAUACUUAAUUUAAGCGAAAGUGAUUUUCCACUUAAACCUAUUCAAGUUUUAACAAAUUUUCUUUCAAUGUAUACAUCAUAUAAUUUUCUUCGUACUCAUAAUCGUGAACCAUUUAAAUUUAUUAAAUCUCAAGGAAUGUUUCAUACAUUUAUUCAUUGUAAUAAUUAUAUGUAUAGAAUUGGAUCAAGAUCUUUAAUUCAAAAUAUUGUCUAUGAUGGUGGAUCUGAUUGGUAUGUAUUAAAUCGUGAAUUUGUACAUUAUAUAACUUACGGUAAUGAUGAAUUAAUCAAUGGAUUACGACAUAUAUUUAAUUAUUCAUUAUUACCAUGCGAGACUUUUUUUCAUACUUUGUUAAGUAAUAGUAUUUAUUGUGAUACAUAUAUUCGAAAUAAUUUACGUCGUGUACAUUGGAACCGACAACGUGGAUGUAAAUGUCAACAUAAACAUGUUGUCGAUUGGUGUGGUUGCUCACCACUUGUAUACAGAAGUAUCGAUAAAACAAUAUUGAAUGACACGAUUGAUAAACCAAUAUUUUUUGCUCGAAAAUUUGAUGCAAGUAUCGAUGAAACAAUUAUUGAUUGGCUCGAUGAAAAAAUCUCAAGACGAGAUUUAUCUAACAGUGCUUUAUAUUUACAAAAUAUAUAUCAUUUCAAUGAUGAUACAAAUAAUUUGACUAAUGCAUUAAAAUUAAUUGAUUUAUAUGCACGUACACUAUUAACUGAUUAUCAACAAUAUCGACGUAAUUGUUUUCGUGAUGAUAGAUUUCAUUUAGAACAAAUUCAUUUUAUAUUUCACUUGAGUAUAUUUCAAGGUUAUUCAUUACAAUAUAAAUUUAAUGAUGGAGAACAAUUUGAAUUAUUUAUUAAAUUAAAUUCACUUACUGCUCAACAUUCAAACCAAAUUAAAAGAUUUGAAGUUGGUUUAGAAUUAGAUAGUAAAGAAAUUAUUUUUAUUGAUCGUAGUCGAACAUUUGUUGAGCCAAAAGUAAUUAAAGCUCUUAUUGAAUGGCAAAAUAUGACCGAUAAUGAUACAUCAUUAGUUAUUCAUAAUCCUAAUGGUGCUAUUCUUCAACGAGUAAAACUUGUGCCAUCGAAUGAACCUGUUAUAAUUGAUAUAUUUUUUCCUGCGGAAUCAUCACCAAAUCUUAUUGGCAUAUGGCAAAUGUCAAUUGUAAAAGAAAAUCAAGAAGAUGUUUUAGCUUCAUUAAAUUUUCUUGUCUUAUUAUCUAAUGUCGAACAAUUCUUAAAUAAUCAAUAUUUAACAAUUAUAAAACAUUUUUGGACUAUAUCAAAUUUCUGUUCAGUACCAAUAAAAUCAUCAUUAUGUCAAAGUUUAUCUAACGAAACAAUAGCAACGAAAUUUAAAGAUAUUGAUAAUUGUUUUCAACAACGAUGGAGCUUUUUCUUUUUUGACAUUAAGAGUGAUAGUGAUAGUGAUGAUGAUGAUGAUGAUGAUUGUGAUUCAUUACCUAAAAAGUCUUCUCGUUAUUAUUUUCAACCUCCAUUAUCUCCUCAUCCUCAUUAUCAAUAUACUCGACGACGAAUACCAAAACGUUAUAGUGAUAUCGUCGGACCAUCGCCAACAAACAAUUUUCUACAACAAAAAGAUCCAAUUAUUCAAGACAAAAGAACAUUUCUUUCAUCAUCUCAAGUAAAUCGCUCGUUAAUAAACAAUCGUCGUCGACAAUCAUUGAAACCUAUACAUGAAACUGAUUAUUGUUUCAAUACAAAUAGAAAAAAAUCUCGAGAAAUAAGAAAUCAUUAUCAUCAUCAUCAUCAUGAACAACCGAUAAAACACAAUGACGCACUUGCUCAUCGUAUGCAAGCAGCUAUGAGUACUGAAUUAAUGCAUUCACUUGAUCGAAAUUUUGUUUUUGGUGAUCGGAAACAAACAAAAAAUCAUUUACUUAUGACUCGUUCACAUUCAUUUAAUAUUUGUACAACUUGGAAUAAAAAAUCUCAACGAAAUUCAUAUCAACAUCUUAUUCCAAGAGUUAAAAUAAGUAAUUUCAAUUUUGAAAAUUUUCCUAUUGAAGAACCAACACCCGAUUAUGAUGAACACAGUGAAGACUUUAUUAUACGAACAAUUCAGAGUGAACACAGAAUCGAUGAAGAACCAGCUAUUGAUUAUAACGAUUCAAAACCGAAUCUCGAAUGUGAAAUCGAUAACAAAUCAUCGACUAAUUCUGAUCUUGGUGUUUCAUCCUCAUUUAUUAUUCCACAAACAUCAACAACUAAUAGUGACGAACAAACAUUAACACCACCUAAACCACCACCACUACCUAAUUUAAAUAAUAAUCAAAAGAAAUUCACAUUUCGCUGUCGUACUAUUGCUGAUAAAUUAUCAUCUGAUCAUAAACUUAUUCUUAAAGAUGAAGAAGAAAUAAAAUCAACAGAAUUAAUACAAACUUCUCAAGAAAUUCCAUUAAAACCUCAUUAUUUUCAUAUAUCUAAAGAUGAUAACUUACGAAAAAUAUCUCAAUCACAUUCAUCUUCAACUUAUAGUUCUCUCACACAAAUUAAUAAUCAUGAAACUGAAAUUACAACACUCUGUGCAAAACCAUCAGUUACAGAUGAACAAAUUCAAGAUUGUUUAUCAUCAUCAUCUCCGGCAACAUCAACUGGUCUUGAUAAUGAAUAUGAACAUCAUUCAUCAUCAUCAAAAAUUUAUAAUGAAUAUAAAAAACGAACUUCUCUAACAAGUGUAUCAACAAAUCCAAUUGCUAAUCAUUCUAUUAUAAUACAUCCAAUGCAUACACGUAUUGGAUUACGUUCAUCAACAUCAUCAUCAUCAACAAAUGAAAAAUUAACAGACAUGACUUUAUCAAGCAAACAAAUGAACGUGUGCGUUAUAAAUCAACUAAAUGACCAUUUAUCAACACGUUUCCGUAAGCAACAACAAGAAUCAUAUUCAAAUAAUACGACUGAUCAUAUAAGUUACGAUCCACCACCAGAACAUAUGUCGGAAAAUAAUAUUCAAUCAAAUCUCUACGAUGAACCAAAUGAUAUACCAGUUAUUAAUUCAUCUUCAAUCCCUCCACCACCACCACCAUUACCUGCUGGUGGUUUUCGUCCAAUACAACCAUCAAACAAUCGCUCAUCUAUUCCUCAACAUAUAUCGUCAACAACUAUGACAUUACCACGCGAAAUAAAUAAUUCUGAUAAACGCUGUAGUACAGGUACAUCAACAAUAUCAAGUAAUUUAUCUGAUAGUCGAAUUUUAUGUGAAUUACGAGAAAAUCCAUUAUUUACACGAGCAAAACAACAUCUUAAUAUUGAACCUGGUUCAAAUGGUCGACGUUCAGGUCGUCGGCUAAUUGGAUCAACAUCGAAUUUAACAAAUAUCGUAACACCAGUACGAACAACAAAUGAAACAGUAUCUUAUUUACGAUUAGAUAAUUGUUCUAAAACACCUUUAAACAAAUCUGUAGAAUCAAAUAAUAAAGAAACAAUUAUAAUGCUUCCAAAUGAAUUAGAUGCUAUUAUCGGAAAAAGAACUACAUCAACGAAUGAUAUAAAUCAGAUAAAAUCUCGUUCAUCUAUCAAAUCUUUAACAUCAACACAAUAUCGACAAUCUGAACUUGAGCUAAUUUUCCAAUAA